AUGACCAUCAAACGCGACAGAGAAGACGAGGCCCCCCAAAAGGCCAAGAAGCUAAAGCGCAAGGGAGGCAAAGCAUGCGUCUACUGCCGGCGCAGCCAUAUGGUCUGCGAAGGUGGACGGCCCUGUGAACGAUGCAUUAAGCGCGACAUUGCACAUCUGUGCCGAGACGUCACGCCGCCCGCAUCCAUGCCAGUCAAGAAUGAGCCGGAACCAGAACCCGCUCCACCUCCUCCCCCGCUGUCGCAGCCACAGCCCAUCCUCCCAGAAGUCCAGGUUCCGGAUCAGCCGCAGGACCAGCUAUAUGACGCUGGCUCGUCGAGCUGGCCACUAUUGCCAGACGCCAACGGGAACGCGCAUGACGCGCUCAGCUUUGAUGCCAUGACAAGACAGUCGUCGACCGGCCUGACGGAUGGAUGGGGUGUACACACCAACGCCGAAUUUGGCAUCCUCUCCGACAUGCUCAAGACAUUGCGAGUACCAAGUUUGCCAGGCGGAUUUGUCGACGUGCUCUCACAGGUCGUCAAUAACGGCAAUGGCAGCACGAACAGCAUGCCACUAGACCCACACCAAUUGCCCCCAGGGCUGCUAGAUAACCAACCAGGACCGCAGCUCAACUCGACAGAACCAAUUGCCGGCCCGUCGUCGUUAGAACUCAAGGGCAAGAGCAAAGACAAAGGCAAAGAACCGCUGUCGAGCAUUUCGCGCAUCGAGCAGUACCUCCUCGCGGCCGCCGACCAGCCGAACGGUUCGCGCGCGUCUCGACUCACUCAGGUCAUCCGCGCCAAGUACGAAGCCGGGCUACUCAAGCCGUACGACUACAUCAAGGGUUACGAGCGCAUGAACAGGUGGAUGGACAGCGGGCGCGCAGGCGCACGCGAGGGCUCGCGGGCGAGCAGUCCAACCAAGGGGCACAACGGCGAGCGCAAGCGGCUAGUGGUACCUCCGCCUCCACCAAGUGGCAGCAGUAUUUCGCCAGAGUCGCGCAGACGCAUCCUCGCCGCGCUCGAGGCGUUCCGGCCCAGGUUCCGGCGCAUCGCCAAGGAGCUCACCGACUUGGACUUGGUGUUUGUUGAGGAGGCCAACGAGCGCCUCAUGCUCCAGUAUGACCGUGCCCUCGCGUCCAUCCACACACCGUCGUGCAUCUGGCGCCGCACAGGCGAAAUCCAGAAGGCCAAUCAAGAGUUUGCCAAGCUCACGGGCAUUCCAGCACCGCUGUUCCGCAACGGCCAGCUAUGUGUUUAUGAGCUCAUGGACGAGGACAGCGCAGUGCGCUACUGGGAGGGUUAUGGAAAGGUAGCGUUUGAGAAGGGCCAAAGCUCACUCUACACGUACUGCACGCUCAAGAUUCCCCUGUCGCUCACGCGAGCUCAACCUGCGCGAACACAGGGUAACACGCCAGCCCAUGGCCCGACACAAGCCAUGACGACAGUACCAGACUUUCACCUACCACCCUCGCUAGCCAUGUCGUCGCUAGCUAUGUCUUCGAAUUCCGGCCCAAGCGGUCCACAACACGGAACGAUCGAGGAAGAGUUCCGCGUCAUCAAGACGUGUUUCAGCAUCACGAUCCGGCGUGACCGCUACGGCAUCCCGGUCGCCAUCAUGGGAUCAUGGAUUACGAGCGAGGUAGGUUCGUCAUCCUGA